AUGCACCACCACCGUAUCCUCUUCGACAAGUACCAUCCUGGUUACUUCGGUAAAGUCGGUAUGAGAUACUUCCAUCGCCUCCGCAACAAGUUCCAUUGUCCAAUCGUUAACGUCGACAAACUCUGGUCCAUGGUGCCACAAGAUACAAAAGAGAAGGCUUCAGCCGAUAACGUCCCGAUUGUCGACGUUUCUCAGUUUGGUUACUUUAAAGUGUUGGGAAAGGGAAUGGUUCCGCCGUCACAUCCGAUGGUGGUGAAGGCGAAGCUCAUUUCCAAGACCGCUGAAAAGAAAAUUAAGGAGGCUGGUGGUGCUGUUCUCCUUACUGCUUAG